AUGCAGGGCCAGGUUGUGGCAAUAGUGACCGUGGUGGUGGGUCUGGUGGGGCUGUGUGUGGUGAAGGAGAUCACCAGCCCGCGCUCUCACCAUCAUAACAUCAACGUGGCACUGUGCAAAGAGGUCUUCCACUAUGGCGUGUUCGACCUCCCACUCCCCUGCCGCCUACGCCUCGCCCAGCCUACUGUAGCCAACCUGGAGACUGAAGUGAACCUGGGCACGGGAGAGGAUUGCUACCACAACAACAAGGGGAGGCCAAGACGGGGGACUAGCGACUUAUGGACAGCUCGAAUACUUGACAAUGACCACCACCACCACCACCGCCACCGCCGCCACCACCGCCGCCGCCGCAGGGGAAGGGGGGCGGGGGGUCUGUUCUCCAGCGAGGAUGUGGCCUUCUCUAACCUCUACCCUGCUGUUAUGGAGUGCUUCGUCAUCAUCCUGUGCGGGUAUCUGGCAGGACGGUGUAACCUCAUCUCGCAAACAGAAGCUAAAGGCCUGAACACCUUUGUCGGAACUUUCGCUCUUCCCUCACUUAUCUUUAUGUCGAUGGCUAAACUGGACUUCAGUGCAGUAAAUUGGACCUUUCUCCUGUCAAUCUGCAUAUCAAAAGGUGUGGUGUUCCUGGUGGUAACAGUGGUCACCCUCCUGGUUUAUAAGCCUGUUGACAUGGCCAGGGCAGGACUGUAUGCCAUUUUUUGUACCCAGAGCAAUGAUUUCGCCCUCGGAUAUCCUAUAGUGGCGGCGCUGUACGGGAAGACCCACCCGGAGUUUGCAACAUACCUGUACCUGGUAGCUCCGAUCUCGUUAGUGCUGCUCAACCCUUUAGGCUUCGUACUCAUGGAGAUUGGCAAACGAAGGCGGAGGUCAGAGCAGGAGGCCAACAGCAGCAGCAGCAGCAGCAACGAGGGGGCAACAGGUCAGCAGGCGGGAUGCAAACUGGGCCUGUGUAUAGCAAGAGAUGUCCUUCUAAAUCCUAUUGUUCUCAUGACCACCCUGGGAAUUGUGGGUAAUUUUGUGUUCAGUCACACCCUGCCCACUAUACUGGAAGGAAUACUAAAGGUUCUCGGCCAGAGUUUUUCCGCCACUGCGCUGUUCCUCCUCGGACUCAGGAUGGUUGGCAAGGUCCAGACGCUAAAGGGGUCAGGUCUGGUGGUGCCUGGAAUCCUUAUUGCGACUAAAACCCUGAUCCUGCCAUUGGUCACGAGGGAGGUCGUUAGCCUCCUGCAGCCCGGCGCGACCUCGAACGACACGGUUGACUUCUCUAACUAUGGUUUUCUGUACGGCACCUUCCCAACGGCCCCAGGAGUGUUUGUCUUCGCCACCCAGUAUAAUGUGGCUGUUGAUCUAAUGGCCAGCGCGAUGGUGGCCUGCACGUUCCUGUCGGCACCCCUCAUGUUUGUGUCGGCCAAGAUGGUGACCCUCGUUCACAUUAACCCGGCGGAUUACGUGAAGGAACUGGAGACCAUUCUUCUGAACGUGUCGAUUGUGGGCCUCGUGUCUACCGUUUGGGUUCUGUUCGUCUUCAUCCUGAGCAAAAAGUGGAGGAAGUUGCCACAUUUCGUUACCAUGUGUCUGGUCGUGUCCCAGUGUGUGGCGUGUAUUGGUGCCUUGCUGUGGUCGGUCCUGGAUUGCAACCACACCUGGAAACUGUACCUACAAUUCAUCUUGUUCUCCUGGGGCGUCUUUGCGGCUCGCCUUUGGACUGCCAUUUUAGCAAUUACCCUAUUUCUUCUUCGCUGGCGGUCUCUCUGCUUCGUGUUGCGUCUCCGCCCGUUCCUGUGUGUCCUGGGAUGGGGGUUGCCAGCGGUGGUGGUGACGGUGCUGGUGUUGAUGGUGCAGCAGGAAUCAGAAGUUGGCAACAAGCAUGACCCGAAUUUUCAGUAUGGGGCGGCGCAGGCUGUGGUGGCGCUGCUGUUGCUCUGGUUCAGUCUAUUCACCACGAUGGUGUGCCUCAUUCUUCACCAGCGGCACGAAAAGAGGUACGCCAACUAUGAGUCUCUGCUGAACCUUGAUGACUCCGAGGGUCGCUCGUCGCCGCCAGCUUCCCGCCACACCUCCGCAACCAGCCUGUCCAAAUUAGAAGGCGGUGGCAGUGUGGGGUGCCCUCCAGAAGACAAGCAGAACAUUAACCUGGAGGAGGUCAUAUCGAACUCUGAUAGCGACAGCCUUUUCAGCCCCGACGAUGAGCUGAAUGGGUCCGGGAGGGCGGGGGGGCGUGGCAGCAGCGGCGGCGGUGAUGACGACAGCGGUGUGGGGGAGUGUACACAGAGGUUUCCCCUGACCGAACCAGAAGAGACUGGAAUCGUGAGGGACAGAGAUGAUGAGUUUCAAAUGAUGCGACAUGUGGUUCUUCUGCUGCUUUUGUGUGUUUCUAUGAUUGUGGGGUUCGCGCUCUGCAUGUGGACCCUGGUGACGGAGGAAAUGAAUGGAGUUUACAUAGAACUGGUGUUUCUCGAUAUUGUGUUGAACUUCGGACAAGGGUUCUUUGCGGCUGCUAUCUUUGGUCUGGACAGUCGCCUGGUGGUGAUGCCCCUCCUCAGGUGGUGGCGCAGGUGCAGGGGCCUGGCAGAGGUGGUGGUGCCCCGCUGGGAGGACCUGGACCCACUAACGAGGCAAACCUGUGACCAAUUCGCUAGUUACCACAUGGAUAAGUGUGUACAAGACAUCGUUAGAGACAGAAGAUGGCGUCUACAGAACCUAUCGGGAGUGUUUAUCGGAAAAGAACUUGUCGAUUGGCUCAUCCUUGUAGGCCUAGCAGGAGACAGGGCGGAGGCUGUCAAAUAUGGCCGCCGGCUCCUGCAAGGUGGGAUAAUUUCUCACUUGCACCAUCAACACCAUUUUCACGACCAAGCCCUCUUCUACUGCUUCAGGACCUCUGCUCUAUCAACGGGUCAGUGAGGGAGUGGUGGUGGUAGUACAGGAGGAGGAGGUGGAAGAAGAGGACUGAAGCAAGAGGUGGAGGUGGUGGAAGAAGAGGAUUCGAGCAAGAGGAAGAGGAGGAGGAGGUGGUGUAAGAAGAGGGGGAGGAAAGGAAAGAGGAAUAAGAGGACUAGAGGAAGAGGUGGAGGUGGAAGAAGAGGAUUAAAGUAAGAGGAAGAGGAGGAGGAGGUGGUGGUGUAAGAAGAAGAGGAGAAGGAAAGGAAAGAGGAAGAAGAAGAGGACUGGAGGAAGAGGAGGAGGUGGAAGAAGAGGAUUCGAGCAAGAGGAAGAGGAGGAGGAGGAGGAGGAGGUGGAAGAAGAAGAGGAGGAGGAAAGGAAAGAGGAAGAAGAAGAGGACUAGAGGAAGAGGAGGAAGAAUUGAAAAAGAAGAGGAUGAGGAAGGAGGAAGAAGGAAGAGAAGAAGAAGAAGAAGAAGAAGAAGAGAGAAAGAUUUAAGACAAAUAAAACAGAGAGAGAGAGAGAGAGAGAGAGAGAGAGAGAGAGAGAGAGAGAGAGAGGUCAUACUAACACACUGCUGGCUGUGAAGUUUGGCAACCCAGGUGCUAUAUGAAGCUGUGUGUGCGUGUGUGCGUGUGUUUGAGAGAGAGAGAGAGAGAGAGAGAGAGAGAGAGAGAGAGAGAGAGAGAGAGAGAGAGAGAGUUUGUUAUUAUUAUUAUUAUUAUUCAAGUUUUUAAGAUUUUAUACAUAAAUAUUUAAACAAACAGACAUACAGACAGACAGACAAGGUCACAAACACCAUAACAAACAAACACAAUUAAAUUAAAACAAACAAACAGAAAGGUGACAACAAACAAAUAAACAAACAAACAAAUAAACAAAGAAAUGUGAAUAUUGCAUUGUUAAGAAAGAGAGGAAGAAGAAAAGGGAAAAUUAUAAACGAGAAGAAAAA